AUGGGACACCGAGAACUCACACCGGUCCAUGUGCCGCUUCGAACCUCGAGUCGGAAACCAGUACAACAUGACCCAAUGAGCACCCAGGAGCAAUCACGAGCAGACCGGCGAACCUCGAAAGCCCAGAGAUUUUUCGGAACCGAUAUAUCACUCCCCACAGAACAUGGCGGGUGGCAGGAGCCUCCAAAUGUACGCCGACCGAGCUUUGGCAAGCCGAAUAAUGCCCCGAAACAGAGCUCCGGUUUCGUUCCAUUCCCGCGCUCUUCAGAGAAUACCUUGAUUCCCGAUCAAAACCUUCGUGUACGGGCUUCGUCGCCUCUGCUGGGCCAUGAUUACCGAUCACAGGAGGCUGCGCCGCCGCUUCCCAAGCCGUCGAAAAAGGUCCACCAUUCCGGUUCCUCCUCCACCCUUUUCUCCUAUUUCAGCUCGAAAGAAUCGUCCAAAUCAUCCAACAACCAACUCCAGCCUAAAGUACGCCACGGACUUGGAAGCGAGCCACAAGUGACAUAUACACAGACCCAGGAUCCACCGAAGGAAUCCAAGCGGAAAAUGCGUCCUCCAAAAAUUGACCUUUCCGUCUUGUUCCCGAAGCCACGGAAUCCCGCACCACAAACACUUCUCUCCCCACACCGAAUGGUCACCUCUCCCUCUCCCGUCUCUACAGUUGCCCCAGAUUAUUCUUCCAACAAGAUUGAAAGGAUGACCGGCGGUACGAGAAACUCUAGGAGACAUGUCGAUCCACCUCCUCGCCGAUCUUCGGCCACCAAAAAUGAGCCAACCAAGCAUGGCGUUGAUAAUUCGGAUUUGCCUUCAAUUGCAGAGAGCAAAAAUAGCGAAUGGCCGGAACAAUCACUUGAGCGAACAGUAGGAACGAGUGAGAUUGAUUUAGCCCUGGAUAGAUACGCAGGGCGGCGAUCACUUUUCAGUCGCUCAAGCACGUAUACUACCAGCCGAGAGCAUUUGCAAGAACAGCCUCACCCGCAGGAAUCUCGGAAGAGCUCAAGACGUGGUCACAGUCCCUCCCGACCUAAAGAGACCUACUUGAGUCCUCCUGCAGGUCUAGACCCAAAGCGUGGUCGCGGCUUGAGCACUUCCCAGGAGUCUUGGAAGACCACCGAGUCAAAAUCAAAGAGCGAGAAGAGCUCAAUGACCAAGAAGAGCAGCAAAAGUACCUUGAAAAACAAGGAUCUGCGAAACACCAGUAUGCUUUGCCUGUCCUCCUCUUCCGAGGACGAGGGUGACGAGGACCACACUCCAACCGAGCCAAAGCGCAAUGCGAGCAAGUCUAGAAGAGACAGUGUGGCUACCUAUGACGAAUACGAGCCCCAGGUCUACACGGCUUCCACUGCCCACGCGACCACCGCCACGGCGCACCAGCACCAGCACCAGUACCAGUACCUCGCCCACGAAAGGCAUCUCAACGUUCCAAUGGCAAGUCUUCUCAGACAAGUGGACGAACCACGCAAACCCCCCCGUUCGAGCGGAGUCCCCACUAUCCCGGAUGAGAUUCUGGCGCAAUUCCCGCAGCAGCCUCUCCGCUCCCCCGCAGAGUUGAAAGAGUUGAACCGAAGGAGUCGCGUGAUCGCGGUGACCCGCCAAGAGCAAGAUCUCCUCGAGGCGAUGCGUAUUCGAAAGGGCAAGGUCACACCCAGUUUGUUCAAUGCUCAUGGAGCGGACAGAAGAUCACUAGCUUCUGGCCCAUCCCGCGAUUCGUUCUGCGGAUCCGACACUUCAUUCCUGCGUCUUAGCAACGUUUUCCCGCCAUUCGACGUCCGAUCAGAAAAGGGUGCUACCCAAUACAAAGAUACGCCCUCCCAAAGCUCGGGCUCGGAUAGUGAACCGAAACCCCGCACUGCAGUCUCCUCUUCUAGUGUCAGCGGGGACUAUUCUGAGAGCUUGCCCUCCCCUGCCACCAGCGGUGCUUCGCCGUUGACACCCACUUUGCCAAUUCAUCGUUUCUCGCCUCUUCCUUCUCCGAAGCCACCACCAAGAGGACCCCCGCCUGCCAUUCCCGAAGACCAGAAGCAGCACACCCGCCGUCGCACGGAUAGUAGCGAGGCUAUUCUGCUGGAUGAUGGCGGUGAGAUAAAACGCAACAAUGGCAUUCCUCUCUGGUCUUUCGACUUUGAUUGGAACCAGGAAAACGCCAAUAUUGCUACUGUGCACUGA